AUUAGUAUGAGUGUCAAGGGUUAGGGGGAGUCGGCAGGAGAAUGGAAUUGAGAGUGAAAGAUAGAUCAGCAUUGAUUGAAUGGCAGAGUAGACUCGAUGGGCCGAAUGGCCAACUUCUGUUCCGCUGACUUAUGAACUAAACCUAAAUAGUAACUUACUUUACUUACUUGUGCAAUCAAAGUCAAAUGUAAUGUUGUCCACUUAUCUUUAUGGCCAGUGGCAAGCUGACAAAAGUCGAUCGAAGAAUAGUACACAUGAGGUUGGCUUGGCGGCGCAGUGGUAGAGUUGCUGCCUUACAGUGCCAGAGAUCCGGGUUCGAUCCUGACUAAGGGUGCUGUACGGGGUUUGUACGUUCUUCCUGUGACCUGCGUGGAUUUUCUCCUGGAGCUCCGGUUUCCUCCCAGGUUUGUAGGCUAAUUAGCUUUGAUACAAUUGUAAAUUGUCCCUAGUGUGUAGUGUAGGAUAAUGUUAGUGUGUGAGGAUUGCUGGUCAGUGUGGGCUCAGUAGGCUGAGGGCCCUGUUCCGCACUGUAUCUCUUCACUAAAAUAAAGAGAGAUAACUUCAGACUCGUGGCUUUACAAAAUGCAUAAUUAAGGUCCAUUCUAAAUUGGCAGCAACGGUUUAUUUCCGGGGGUUUUGCUCACUAUCCAUGGUCUGACCAGUGAAGGGGACAAUGCAACACUCUGCCUACCUUGACAUCAUAAUCACCACUACAUUGCAUCACUGGUAAUACCAGGUCAGCCUGCAAGGAGUAACCGGCAACAUCAUGAAUUGCUCUGUGUGAUCCCGCAUGCCUGACAUGGAACCCAGCACCCUGCCGACUGUGGAGAUCAUGUCCCCAGUGAAGAUGAGCCUGGUGGAUGUCAGCAAGAUCUUCUCCAAGCUGCAGCCCAGAAAUCAGGACGACAAUGCAGAAAUAAAUCAAAUCAACCAGGCCGUGACCAGAAACGAUGCCAGCCUUUUGGAUGACCUCUUGUCUCAGGAGCGUUACGGUCGUCUGAUCAAUAACCGGAGUGGCUGGGGUGUCCCGGGUACUCCCCUCCGUUUGGCCGCCUCGAAAGGUCACCUAGGCUGCCUGGAGGUGCUCCUGAGGCAUGGUGCCGAGGUGGACAGUCUAGAUGUUAAGGCUCAGACCCCUCUCUUCACGGCCGUCAGUGGCAGGCACUUGCAUUGCGUCAUAGCUUUGCUCAGGGCAGGGGCUAACCCAAACGGAAGCAUCUACAACAACUGCUCGCCUGUACUCACCGCAGCCCGAGAGGGGGACAUUGGGAUCUUGAAAGCCCUGCUGGAGCACGGAGCUGAAGUCAACGUGCGCUCCAAGGUGCCAGACUGGGCUUCCAAUGCUUGUGCUUGCAGUGGCCCUCUCUACCUUGCUUCAGUAUACAGGCACUACGACUGCUUCAGGCAACUGCUCCUCUACGGUGCAGACCCCAACUACAACUGUACAGAGCAGAGGGUUUUGGCAAGGAUCAAGCAACCAAAAACAGUUCUGGAAAUGUGUCUCAGGUAUGGCUGUGGGCCUCAGUAUAUCCAACUGCUCAUAGACUUUGGGGCAAACCUUUACCUGCCUGGCCACGCUCCGGUCAAAAACACACAACAAAACAAAGCUGCCGAACUUCUGGUCCGAGCUACAGCUCAGCCGAGACCCUUGAUGUCACUAACCAGACUGGCCAUUCGCAAGCACCUCAAAGUCAUCGGCAGACUGCAUUCCAUUGACCAACUGGACAUACCAUCAAUCCUGAGGAAAUACUUGGACCAUCAAACCUGAGAGGAUUAGUGUAGUUCCAUGCAUCCUGGAAGCUGUGUGCACUCACUCACUACCUGCCUUACUGAGAGAAGGGGGGGGGGGGGGGGGGGGGGGGGGGGAGAAAUCAACCCUACUUACACCAGGGUUCCUUGUCUCCCAACCCUUUUGUAGCUUGUAGCUUGGUUGUAAUUGCCCCAGCCAUCUGAUUACAAGUAGAAUUCCUUGAA